AUGUCUAACCCUCAACGCCCCAGCAAUGACCUAUUAUUUCAAGAUCCCUAUACUUGGUCAACACUACCUUCCUACACCGUUCCCCCUUCAAAUCACUCCACCUUCCAUGCACCAACCGAUCCAACAUUUACCGAUCGCGCUCUACCAACUUGGGAUGCUUCUACAUGGACCCAGCCUCUGUUUCCUACCCUCGAUGCCACACCUACGGGCUCUCCUGAUCUUGGAUCCCAGUCCUUCCCGGAUGGACUUAUGUUUGACAUGCCCAUCUGGGUUAACACCAAGAGAAACCCCAAAUGUCUCCAACUCAUCAGUACAGCCUACUACCUCGCCCUCGGCGAGCUCGUCACCGAGCGAAUCAUCCAAGGACUCAUCCGACGGAGCAUCUAA